ACUUCUUAUACCCCUCCUCCUCUCCAAUAGGUUUGUCAAUAGGGAUUCAAUGAAUAAGAAAAAACAUUCUCUCCUUACCGAUCGACUUUUAUCUGACACACUCUUUUUACCAAAUACUGAACAGUCCACAAUACCAGAUAUUCAAAACGAAGCUCAAAAGGAUCCUUUAGCUGCAAAAGUAUGGCGUUUAUAUACCAAAGCAAAAGAUAAUCUUCCCAAUGGUAUACGAAUGGAAAACUUGACUUGGCGUAUGAUGGCAAUGACUUUAUCAAAAAAGAAAAAAAAAGAACCAGUUCAAGAUCCCGAUGGAGAUAUUACUAUGACUGAUACUUCUUUAAUAACAACACCUCCUCCAGCAGAUGAUACUACUUCACUUUUAUCCUCUUCAGCUCCUCCUUAUACAAUGAUGGAGUUUCUACGUGAUGAAGAGACUCAGCAGGACCUAAAAAAUGUGAUGAUCUCUGGAAGUUCAAGGGCAUCUACCUCUACAGCAGAAUUCCCAUAUACUCUAACAACAACAAGUCGAAAAGUCAAUCCCAGCAUUAUGAUACCUACACAAGAAAUGGAUACAAUUGAUAACAGUAACCAACAAAGUAGUUAUGUGAAUAUGGAUAAUAAUCAACUAGAAACAUCCUAUCCAAUCACUUCAUCGAAUAUGAUCAGUCAUUCAGUACCAACAUUUCAUCCUUCUGCAUUUCCAAAUCAACAACAUCGAACAGUCUUGACAUAUUCCUCCCGUACUGGUCCAUUAUUACCUACAAGUACGGAACUAUCAUCAUCAUCAGAUAUACAAACUUAUAAAAAUCAUCAACAGGUUGAUCCUUCAUAUUAUUUUUCCUCUCAACAACAACAACAACAGCAGUCGACUGCUACAUCAUCCAAGACAACUUUUGAAUCUACUAUAUCAUCAUCAUCAAACAAUGAUUCUAUGGCAAAUACUAUGAAUCCAGGAAAUCUCAGCUUUGAAGAACUAUUGUAUAUGUAUUAUACCCCUCCUUUACCUUCAACAACCACAUCAACAAGCAAACCUGAUGACCCAUCCUUCUUAUUGAAUUUACAGUCCGUACAUCUUUCUGGUGAUACACCUUCACCAUCAUCACCACCACAAACACCGCAAUCCAUAGAUAGUAGCGUGGAUGAUCGACAUUAUCAACUUGGUAUGGCAGCCUUGGAUUUGGAAGAUGAACAACGAUUACUAGCUCUUGAAGAUUCCAUCACCACUACAUUUCGACAACAUCAUGUGAAGAAGAAAACAACACGUUCACCUUCUAGUCCAUCUAUCUUGCAACAAAAAAUGACCACGUCAAGUACUUCACUGUCUGCACCUGGAAAUCGUACACAAUGUCAUAACUGUCGAACACGUACUACACCUUUAUGGCGACGCAAUCCUCAAGGUCAACCUCUUUGUAAUGCUUGUGGUUUAUUUUUGAAACUACAUGGUAUAGUUCGACCGCUUAGUUUGAAAUCGGAUGUGAUCAAGAAACGGAAUCGGGUGACCAAUGGUAUACAACAAAAGCAAAAGGCGAAGCAGAAACAAGAUAUGAGUGGAAAAAAGAUCAAAACUUCUUUUUUUUCUUCUUCUUCUUCUUCUUCUUCUUCAGAUAUUUCAGUUUAUCAUCCACGUACAAUUGCACCAAGUACAAAUCGAUUAACAAUAUCACCUACAUCUUCUUUACCUGAAGACAUGAACAAACGACAAAGAACAAUACAAGAAAAGGAAGAAAAAGAAGAAGGAUCAAUCUAUACAAUAUUAGAAUCCAUUGGAACUCAUUUGAAUAGUUUACCUCCCGAAUUAUUACCAUUGAUUGCGUCAGCUGCCAAUUAUCAUGCUAUGACGAAACAAAGACAACAACAAACAUCCAAUAUAGUUCAGUAUGAACAGAAUCAUCAAGUCGCAGCUCUCUUACAACGAUUGUUUCAGACUCCCACUUCUUCAGGUGAUCCAUCUACUUUUGAACAACUUUAAGGAAUUAUGGCUGGUUCCGUGGCAUUCUUUUUUUUUUUUUGUGUCAAAUAUACCUGAUUGACAUUAUAUGAUACUUUUUUUUUCAUCUCCCUUCAUUUUCUAUAUAUAUUUAUUAUUUACCUGAUGUUUAUUUAUGUUACAAUAGAAUUUUUUUUUUUUUUUUU